AUGGGCAAACUGUGUGUCUUUUUGUUAGUUCUUUUGUUUUACACCAUUGUAAACGCAGGUUCAGGAUCCCAUUCUCUGUGGGCAUUUGUAACAUAUAUCUCAGGAGAGACACCUUUCCCUGAGUUUACCGUUGUGUUGAUGCUAGAUGAUAUUCAAGUUGGUUACUUUGACUCCAACAUUAAACACUAUAUCCACAAGGGAUAUAAUGCCUCAGAGGAAACAGUGGUUGAAGAAACUUAUCAAGCAGCUUAUAUAUUUGGAGCCAUGUCGCUCAGCUUGAAAGAGAGAUCGUCCGAGCUGAAGCGCUUCAAUUCCACAGAAGGUAUUCAUGUUCAACAGAGGCUGGCUGGGUGUGAGAUGUCGGACAAUGGCGAACCGGCACUUAUCGUAUCUAGGGACAUUUUCAAUGGAAUUUAUGCAGAUUUAACAAUAUAUUACAACAUGACACAUUAUUCAUACAAUUCUGGAAAUCUGCUGUCGCCAUGGAGUGAGGUGCAUCAAACAUAUGUAAAAGGCCUUUAUCGGACUAUUUACCUGACAAUUUGCAUGGAAACAUUAAAAAUGUACCUGGAGAAAGAGAAGACAUUUAUAAUGCGUAAAGUGCGUCCCAGAGUCAGGCUCAUACAGAAAGCCAUGUCUGGAGGGGUCCAGCAGAUGAGCUGCCUGGCGUUUGGUUUCUACCCCCGCCACAUCAACCUGACCCUGCUGAGAGACGGCCAGCCAAUAGCAGAACAGGAGCUGACUGGGGGGCAGCUGCUUCCCAAUGGAGACGGCACGUACCAGCUGAGGAAGACUCUGGAGGUCAGUACAGAGGAACUGAGAGAGACACACAACUACACCUGCACUGCCUCCCAUCUCAGUCUGGACAACAAGCUGGAGGUCAGCUGGGUACCUGAGUCUGGAGCAGACAGAGUAUAUCUGUCUAUCCUGCCAGCUGCACUGGUAAUGGUGUCCAUAAUCAUUACAAUCUGCAUUUCCAUUUGCCUAAGGAGGAGAAACGAGGCUGGCUCCCUGACAUUGUCACAGCUCUCCAACACUGAUGAUGCACAAGUGGCCGAGCAAAUUAGCCUGUCUUCACAUUCUGAGACCUAA